CAACUGCAGGCAUGUCCGGUCGCGGCAAAGGCGGGAAGGGCCUGGGCAAGGGCGGCGCCAAGCGCCACCGCAAGGUGCUGCGCGACAACAUCCAGGGCAUCACCAAGCCCGCCAUCCGGCGCCUGGCGCGGCGCGGCGGCGUCAAGCGCAUCUCCGGGCUCAUCUACGAGGAGACGCGCGGGGUGCUCAAGGUCUUCCUGGAGAACGUGAUCCGCGACGCCGUCACCUACACGGAGCACGCCAAGCGCAAGACGGUCACGGCCAUGGACGUGGUCUACGCGCUCAAGCGCCAGGGCCGCACCCUCUACGGCUUCGGCGGCUGAGACCCCACCGACUGGCUUCAGCAAAACCAAAGGCCCUUUUCAGGGCC